AUGUCCUCCGGCGUGGUGCGCUCCACUGCCCUCAGAGCCGGCGGCGCCUGUGUGCGCUGCCGCAAGGGCAAGACCAAGUGCGUGUACGAAAACGGGCGCGCGCCGUGCAAGAACUGCGCAAAGGGCAUGCACGAGUGCUAUCUGCCCUCGGAGAGCAUGGCCCAUCACCACGGCCACAGCCCUGCGCGCCAUACCGCUGCCCAUCGCCCUCGCGACGCCCUGCCGGCCUCCGGGCCCGGUGCCUCUGACGCCAGGCAGCCCGUUGUGGGCUCAGGCGGAGCCAGGCAUGCUCAGGCCACCUCCGAAAAGCUUACACCGGAACUCAUUGCCGAGUGCGAGCGCGUCGUGUCCAAGACGUUCCCGGCCUGCGUUGCCUUUCACAAGCCGUCGUUUGUGCAGCAGCUCAAGAACGCCUCGCUCGAGUCCAGCCUCGUCUACGGUCUGUUGACCUGCGCUGCUCGGAGCUCUCCAACUCUCAUCCGUCGCUAUGGCGGUAAUCCCACCGCGGCCGCAGAGACCUUUGCCGCAAAGGCAAUCUCCCUCAUCAACUCCAACCUGGACCAGCCCAGCCUCGCCGACGUCCAGGCCCUUUGCCUCGUCAUUAUCCACGAAUGGGGUAGCCGGAAUGCCGUCCGUGCCUAUGUCUACCUCGGCCAGGCCGCUCGGCUGCUGCAGAUGUACAGGAUCAUCAAUAGCCAUCACGCACCUGACCAGACCGACCCUUUCCUGCGCGAUGAGUCGUUCCGCCGCACCCUGUGGCUGAUUUACAUCCUCGACUGCCUCCUCACCUGCACGCCCGGUCGCUACCCUGCCUUGGCCAUCCAGGACACCGCCGAGGUCGCCCUGCCCUGCUCGGAUAUCAACUUCGCAUUCGGUAACACCGUCUAUGUGAAGACGCUCCACCAGCAGCUCGCCCAGCAAAACAAUCAUUCGUCGCCCAGCCACGUGCCCUCGGGCGAGGUUGGCGAGUUUGGCUACAUCGUCCUGGCUGCGACCAUCUGGCGCGACGUUGUCGGCACGCUCGGCAUCUCCCCCUUCCGCGAGGAGGACUGCACGGAUCUCGUCAUCAAGAUCGAGAGGCUCAAAGCCAGCCUGCCCAUGCAGUUCGUGGACAAGCCCGGCCAAAUCAACCUUCAUAUGACGAUGGGUUCUGGCUACACUUAUGCCAUGCUGCACUGCCUGAUCCAUUGCGCCACCAUUUUCGUCCACCGCCGGCGCCUGCUGGAGGAUGUCACGUCUCCCUCGUUCAACUUGGAAGCGUACCGUAUGACCUCUCGAUGCCACGACAUCAUCGAUCGCCUGCUCACCUCGUGCCACGGCACCUUGACCCUCCUGACGGCCAUUGAGUCUGGCGCCGAGAAGGACCACGCCACCUGCUUCCCCAUCUUCAUGCUCUUUUCGGCCUUCACCGCCAGCGCAACCGUCGCCUAUCUCUCGCUCAAGAGGCUGACGCCCCCCAAUGCCGUCGAGACGGCGGCGCACAUUGUCAAGGACGGGCUGCGCUUCAUGCGCGACGGCAACGAGAGCUGGCCGCUCCUUAACAGCUGGCUCAGGCACUUGACGGUUAUGCAGCGCGUCCUGAACAGCUCCCAGGGCAGCCCCCAUGAGGCUCACCCCCACAUGUCCUCGGCCGGCAUCAAGGAUGAGAUGUCGUCGAAUGCAGACACCAAUCCGGACGCCAUGGAGUACGACCAGCCGGCCGCCAGUGUCGCUCCCAGCCAGCAGGGCGUCGAGCACCGCUCGGUAUCCGGCUCUGCCCGAGGCGAGAGCGAGCCGCCCAUUACCCUUCCCCGGCGGCCCGGCGUCACCACCAUCAACGGCAACAACAUUGCCACACCGGAGACGGUGUCUCCCCCGCCUCCCGGCGCACCGCAGGCGAACAUGCAGGUGCAUGACGUGAAGCAGCAGAGCCCCGAGGACGCUCAAAACGGCUCACCCCACGACGGCGGCCAAACCACGAGCCAGGACAUGACGUCGCCAGAAUUGUGCUUGGCCUUUGAGCGCCAGCUCAUGGACCACGAUGACCUUGCUGCCUUUAUGGGUGGCGGAGUUUGA